GGUCGUUCGUUGGGAUACUAUCGUCCCUGAGCUCGCCAACUGCACCUCUUCACUGAGGAACAGCGGCGGCGCGGUGGUCCGAGGAGCGGCCCGAGACUUCGGCUUUGGGUGAGAGAAAAUGGCUCGAACCAAGCAGACUGCUCGUAAAUCCACCGGUGGGAAGGCCCCGCGCAAGCAGCUGGCCACCAAGGCUGCCCGGAAAAGCGCGCCCUCUACCGGCGGGGUGAAGAAGCCCCAUCGCUACAGGCCCGGCACUGUGGCUCUUCGAGAGAUUCGUCGUUACCAGAAAUCCACUGAGCUGCUCAUCCGGAAGCUGCCUUUCCAGAGGUUGGUGAGAGAGAUCGCUCAGGAUUUUAAGACAGACCUGAGGUUUCAGAGUGCUGCCAUCGGUGCGCUUCAGGAGGCUAGUGAAGCAUACCUGGUGGGUUUGUUUGAAGAUACCAAUCUGUGUGCCAUCCACGCCAAGAGAGUCACCAUCAUGCCCAAAGACAUCCAGUUGGCUCGCCGGAUACGGGGAGAGAGAGCUUAAGUGAAGGCAGUUUUUAUGGCGUUUUGUAGUAAAUUCUGUAAAAUACUUUGGUUUAAUUUGUGACUUUUUUUGUAAGAAAUUGUUUAUAAUAUGUUGCAUUUGUACUUAAGUCAUUCCAUCUUUCACUCAGGAUGAAUGGGAAAGUGACUGUUCACAGAUCUCAGUGGUGCGCACUGGGCUCAGGAGUGACAAGUUGCUAAUAUGCAGAAGGGAUGGGUGAUACUUCUUGCUUCUCAUGAUGCAUGUUUCUGUAUGUUAAUGACUUGUUGGGUAGCUAUUAAGGUACUAGAGUUGAUAAAUGUGUACAGGGUCCUUUUGCAAUAAAACUGGUUAUGACUUGAUCCAAGUGUUUAACAAUUGGGGCUGUUAAGUCUGACCAUACAUCACUGUGAUAGAAUGUGGGCUUUUUCAAGGGUGAAGAUACAAGUCUUAACCACAGUGUAACUUACAGUUUCCUUAA